CAACAGCUGACAGCACUGGCACAAAUUGUUUGGUUUAUAUUUGGCUUGGCGAAAAAUAUUACAAUUUUCAUUUAUUAUGAGUCGCAGCGAGCAAACAUUUGAGGACCUCAAGUCCUAUUUUCGAUCACAUAGCAAAAUACGCGAGCAGCGGCCGCAUAUGUCAAAGGUGCAUUCGGUUUGCUGGAAUGCAAAUGGCUGCCAUUUGGCAUCUGGAUCGUUUGAUAAGACUGUGGCUGUUUACGCCUUGGAGCGGGAUCGCUUUGUCAAGAACAAUGUCUUUCGCGGGCAUACAGCGUCCGUGGAUCAACUGUGCUGGCACAAAACAAAUCCGGAUCAGUUUAGCACAGCGAGCGGCGAUAAAACUGUGCGAAUUUGGGACAUACGAGUGGGCAAAUGUGUUUCAGUUACCAACACGAAGGGCGAGAACAUAAACAUAGCCUGGUCACCGGAUGGCAAGACAAUUGCUGUGGGCAACAAGGAGGAUUUGAUCACAUUCAUCGACACACGCACAAACAAGAUACGCGUGGAGGAGCCAUUCAGCUUUGAGGUGAAUGAAAUCUCUUGGAAUAAUACGAACGAUUUGUUUUUCCUGACCAAUGGUAUGGGCUGCAUGCAUGUGCUCAGCUAUCCCAGUCUGGAGCACCAGAUGACACUGAAGGCACAUCCCGCCAAUUGCAUAUGCAUUGAAUUUGGUCCCACAGGUAAAUACUUUGCAACGGGCUCAGCGGAUGCACAGGUCUCCCUGUGGGAUGCCAACGAGCUGGCCUGCCUGCGCAUGAUUAGCCGACUGGAGUGGCCAGUGCGGACGAUAUCCUUUAGCCAUGACGAGCGACUGAUAGCCUCGGCCAGCGAGGAUCUGCUCAUUGACAUUGCCUACACGGAAACGGGCGAGCGAGUCACAGAUAUUCAUGUAGAUGCCUCAACUUUCACUGUCGCGUGGCAUCCCAAGCAAUACCUGCUGGCCUAUGCCUGUGACGAGAAGGAAACCAUUGGCGACAGACGUCGAGAUGUUGGCAAUGUUAAGAUAUUCGGAUUUCCGGAAUAGUCACGGAUACAAAUUUCACUUUGACUGGACCUAACACGCUCAACCAACAAACGUGUUCUUAAUUUAACACAGGCCA